GCCUGAGUCUCAGUUUAUGAAGCAGUCGCAAUCGCGCCGUUUGUCUGUUUAGUGUUUCGAGUAUGUCGCUGUUCGGUGUGUGCCACAUUUGCACUCUUGUGGCAUUGAUCUACCUGGGCGGGGUGAAGGCAGCGCCUGUGGACAAUCCCAAGUCGCAGGUGGAGUACAUUAAUAGCCUGCCAAUUGAUAGCGCCAACGCAUAUCCGAAUAUUGUGCCCAUCACUCGUCCGCCGCUCGUGACUCAAACUGCGCCACCGCCACCUUCCAACUCGAAGAACUUUGCAUAUAAUCCGAAAACGCAGACUUGGACACUUGUAGCACCUGGUGAUCCGCAACCGAAUGACGAGACGCUUAUCUGGAAUAAGGCUAACGACAAAUGGCUGACCAGCUCUCGCUAGGCACUCAAGCAAUCUGAUCGGGAGUGGUGCACACCUAGCCUAACUACGAGUAUUUCUGUUCUGUUCUUUAAUGGUUUCUGUAUCAAAGUAAAGCUGGAAACAUUUCUGUGCACAA